AGAUGGCGACACCACGCUUGUAAUGUAGUUCGCCAACUUGUAAAUUACAAAGACGAAGAAGAAAGUGUGCGAUCUCUAUGGAAACGACAACACUUGAUUUGUAGUCUUACCUUUUAGGGGUUAUUUUCUGCAUUAGUUUUGUUGUUUUGGACAUUUUUUAAACAUUUUAAAAGUUAGUUUAUAUAUUUUUUCUUAUUUAUAAUUAAAACAAUCGACAAACUAAUCUGACCGACGUUUGGCUAACUACUGAUGCUAACUUAUCUUUUAGACUUGUUUGCUAAUUUCUUAUGGCAGACGGAUGGAACACAGAUACGGGAGAAGCCGUGUAUCGAUCGCGGGAUGCUGUCAAAAACUUGAAAAUAAAAGUUCGGAUUGAGAGGGUGACCUCCACAGCAGCCCUCUCUCAGCACCUCCAGCAACAGGUUCUGUCCCAGCAGGGCGGGGAAGAUAUCGAAUUGAAAACACUUUCAUCGCCGGCUCAAAAAGGUGACAAUGAAGAUGAAAUUGUUGUUGGUUGGCAAGAAAAAAUCUUCAGCCAGUAUGAGAUGGAGUUAUUCCAGAAUGAAGCAGCCUGUCAAACUCCUCUGGACCGACAGUAUCACAAAGAAGUUAAAGCCCUUCUCAAGGCCAAGAACCGAAGUAGUCACAGGAUUUUCACAUACACCGAUCAUGAUCGCUACACCAACUGUCUUCCUCUCCACCAACUGCAGCACACUGACCUACUGACCACCACCAAAACAGGUCCCACCUUCCUGGCUGAAAGGAUGGCUAGUGUAAGAAACAGACGACAAGAACGGCGAACCAUGGACAGUAGCAUUCCUAAAACUAAAAUUAUCAACUGGGAGCCCACAGAAGAGUUUGUGAAGAGCAGUCGUGUGGUGAAUAAUGCCAUGCAGACUAUGCACAUCAUGGGGGACCUGGGCCCUCCUGGAAGGCUCGGUCAAAAAGAGAAUGAAUGCCUGCUGAUAACCAUAAAAACUGACGGUAAUGGAACGGUUAUUGUAAAACCUGACUUCAACAAAGGCAAAGAGCCUUACAGAAUUGUCGCCGAAGGAGCAAAUAGAGAAAUAUGGCGUCUUACUUUGGAAAACAUCUCUGCAAGCAUGAAAUCAGAGGAAAAAAACAAGGAGCAGAACAUGUAUAAAGAUCUGUAUGUGAGACAUAAAGAGUACCUCAGUGGUCUCGUCGGACAGGACUUUGAAAUGCCUCCUGCAGGUACUCUGCGUUACCUGAUGAACGGAGAAAUAGUCUCAGCUCAAGGCUUUGAAUAUGACAACCUCUACAUCCACUUCUUUUUGGAAUUGCCCAAAAAUUGGUCCAGCUUGCCGUUUCAGUCUCUGUCAGAGGUCACCCAGACCUGUCGGACCAAGUCUCUCAAAAAGGAAGAUGUGGCUUUCUUCAGCUAUCCUUUCACUUUUGAGGUUUUUUAUAUGAGCGAAAAAGACGGUGAAGAAGGCAUUCCUCAGUGGCCAGUUAUUUACUUCAAGGUUCUUUCUUUGGACUUCUGGCAGCGCUAUCGAACUGAAGGCUACGGCUAUCUGCUUUUUCCUGCCACGCCUGGUAAACAUACCAUGACGUGUCACACAUGGAGGCCGAUUCAAACGGGGACGGUGUCUGCGAUGAGGCGCUUCUUUAUCGGAGGUUCUGCUGAGCUUGAAGAUCACAGUUAUGUCAGAAUUCCAGGAACAUUCAAGGGGGACAGACUGAGUCGCUUUGGCUUCUGCACUGAAACCACAGGAAGUGUCACUUUUAAUCUGCACUGCAUCCAGCAAGCCAGGGCAUUUGUGGAUGCUGCUGUUCUGAGAAGGAGGAGACAGAAGGUUUUUGAGCAUUUGGGAGGAUUUAGUCAACAAGGAGCUGUUUGCACCAUCCUGGAGGCUUUUCAGAGGGCGAGGAGGAAGAUGCAGGAAGCCAGAGAAAGUCUUCCAAGAGACGUAAUAAACACUGGCUCCCAACUCCAACAGGAAUCCUCAGCAUGAGACUGAAAAACAAACAAUCAGUGGAGCUGAAAGGAAGAAGAUGCUCACACAGACUCUGAUUUUGGAAAGAGUGAAUUUUACUCUCUCCGAUAUACUAGUGACCAGUCCAGGGAGCAUUUUUGGACCAUUUCAGGUUUUAGCAAUUAAUGGGUCACUUGUUUGGUGGUAAUGACGUUAAACAAACAUUCGUCCACUCAAAUUUGUGGAAAAAUGUACCAAACCUGCCUUAGAAAUGCAGGAAAAUUUCACAGCAGUUUUUAAUCGCUGAGAAAGAUUUUACAAAUCAACUCAGGAGGUUUUAUGUUUUUAUUUGCAAUGAACUCUUUUGUAAAGCCUUUUUGUGGUUUCCCUUCAUAGUUUUUACAAGGACCCUUCUUAGUGUCAUAGGAUCUAUUUGGUGCAAAGCAGAAGCUUUAGACUUAUGUGACCCUCAAAAGGAUCUUCUCAGACCUCAUUUCAAUUUACCUGACUGCUGCUCUACCUUAACCUGGUUCCAUGAAGCACCACACCAUCUUCAAGUCUAAUUUUGCUUUUUUUCUCAUUUAAACUCAGUUAAACUAUUAGUUUGUUGAAUUACCUGGCCCUUAACACUACAAAACCGUUGGUUACAGUCUAACGUCAUUGAAAUGUUAAUCCUUUCUCCUGAAGUUCAUAUUUCACAAAAUAAACAAUCUUUGUCAUAAUUAUCUCUUUUUAGAGCCAAUCUUAAGCAUCCUUUCAUUUUCUUUUGAUCAGUCUAUGCACUGUCUGUUCUGAUGUUAUGCUUGAUGCAGGAAUGAAUAAUGCUUGGGUCAGAAAUAUUGUGUUUCUUUUUUUGCAUUUUUUUUACAGAAAAUUUUACAAAUAAAUGUGUUUACUACAAAAUA